UGCAGGUUGUAGGGGAUACUUCCGGUUUCUGCGACCGGUGUGUUUCUCGCUUUACCCUGUUGGAGAUUUAUUUUAUUCCUCGCAGAAAUGAGGGACGUGACCGGAUAUUUGCAACAGCAGCAGAGCCAGAGUACCGUGCCCGACAAGGCUGCUGUAUGGCAUCGACUGGAGGAGUUUUACAACAAAAAGUUGUGGCACCAGCUCACUCUGCAGCUUCUUGACUUAGUGGAAGAUCCUGAGAUCGCUAAAGGAGAUGGACUCAUUAAGCUGUAUGAGAAUUUUAUCAGUGACUUUGAGCACAGAAUGAAUCCUUUAUCCCUUGUGGAAAUUAUACUGCAUGUGGUGCGUCAAAUGACAGAUCCAACGGUGGCUCUGACCUUCCUGGAGAAGACACGAGAGAAGGUAAAAAGCAGCGAUGAGGCAGUGAUACUGUGCAGGACAGCCAUUGGAGCCCUGAAACUAAACAUUGGAGACCUACAAGCCACUAAGGAAACUAUAGAAGGAGUAGAGGAAAUGCUUGGGGGACUUGCUGGUGUAACCUCUGUGCACAGCCGGUUUUACGACCUGUCCAGCAAAUACUAUCAGACCAUUGGCAACCACGCCUCUUAUUACAAGGAUGCAUUACGCUUUUUGGGCUGCAUGGACCACAAAGAUAUACCAGUGUCGGAGCAGCAGGACAGAGCCUUCACGUUGGGACUGGCCGGUCUGCUUGGGGACGGAGUGUACAAUUUUGGAGAGUUGCUGAUGCACCCAGUGCUGGAGUCCUUGCGCGGGUCAGAGCGACAGUGGUUGAUAGACACGCUUUAUGCCUUCAACAGUGGAAAUGUGGAGAAUUUCAGGGCCUUGAAAACAACGUGGGGGCAACAGCCCGAUUUAGCUGCCAAUGAGUCUCUUUUGUUAAAGAAAAUCCAGCUGCUGUGUCUGAUGGAGAUGACGUUCACACGCCCCGCUAAUCACCGCCAGCUAACCUUUGAAGAGAUUGCUAAGAGCGCUCAGGUCAAUGUAAACGAUGUGGAGCUGCUGGUUAUGAAGGCGCUAUCAGUUGGGCUCCUCCGCGGAAGUAUUGAUGAGGUAGAUAAGAGAGUUCACAUCACCUGGGUCCAACCACGAGUUUUGGACUUGCAACAGAUCAAGGGCAUGAAAGACCGGCUAGAGUUCUGGUGCACAGACGUGAAGAGCAUGGAGAUGCUGGUGGAACAACAAGCGCAUGACAUCUUGACGUAGAUCCCACCCUGAUAUGUUGCUGUGAAGAACACGCCUGUCCCCUCUGUGAAAAGGACUUUUCAGUACAGUUUUGGGGCUAACAUAACCGAACUCUGGAAAUCAUCCAGUCCCUCUGACCUGUGUUGUUUUGUUGGCUUUGUCUAUAGGACGCAGCCUGUCUGUGAUACAGAUUUGUGUCUGCACUGAGAUGGAAAAUAAACCAAUUUCUGUAAA